AAGUGAGUUUCACCUGCUUGAACUCAUCUUAUUCGUUUUAGGUACUUCCAGUGUGGCUCGUGCAUGGAGUUCGAACUUUGAUGAUUUGAUCAACAAGAAGAUUUCCAACUUUUUCUCACAAUACAUGUCAAUGAAUGUUCCCGGUUUUGCGGAUUACGUGGAUUUGUUCUCAUUUGGAAUUACAUCCAUUGUCACGGGUGAGUUCAAGGGCGGAAACUACAUAUGGUUCUCAAUGUUCUCAGCCAUCCUUGUUUUUGGAGCACGGGAAUCGUCAAUCUUCAACAACGUGUUUACACUUAUCAACUUGGGUGUGAUAUCUUACGUCACCAUCACCGGCCUAUUUCGCGUGGACAUAAGCAAUUGGCGAAUUGACCCGGAUAACGUACCACUGAACCAGGUGAAUCGGUCUCAAGUUGGAGACGGGGGAUUUUUUCCAUUCGGUUUCUCCGGAGUUCUUCGAGGAGCUGGAACAUGCUUUUACUCCUUUGUUGGUUUUGAUAUCAUCGCCACUACCGGUGAAGAAGUGCGAAAUCCACAACGAGCCAUUCCAAUCGCAAUCAUCGUUUGUCUGUCCGUGUGCUUUGUCGCUUACGCAUCGGUGUCUGCGGUGCUCACAUUGAUGAUACCCUACUACGCAAUACCAGCAAAUGCUCCGCUUCCGUAUGCUUUUGAACGGGUCGGGUGGAGUGUGGCUCGCUACGUGAUUGCUGUGGGUGCUGUUUGUGCGCUGACAACAAGUUUAAUGGGAUCGAUUUUUCCACUCCCGCGAAUACUCUACGCCAUGUCGUCAGAUGGGUUGCUUUUCCGGUUCUUCGGCAGAAUCAGCAAGCGCUUCAAAACUCCAGUGUUUGGAACAUUGAUUUCUGGAUUGUUGGCUGGUGUUUUAUCCGCCGUUAUUAGCUUGAAGGACCUUGUUGAUAUGAUGUCGAUUGGAACGCUUUUGGCCUAUUCACUUGUGGCAGUAUCAGUCCUUAUUUUACGCGGACAACAAGAAAUCCUUGGAGUGCGGAGUAGAAAAGAUCAACAACUACAGCAGGUCUCUGACAACGUCCUGGAAGUGUUCACAACGGAGGAUGGUGAUAUUCAUCUUACAGAAACUCAAAAUGAGUCAGGUGGCUACUCCACAACAGCGAAACUUGAAAAAGUAGAAAUCAAAUGUCCAAAGUCGCUGAAACACUAUAUUCAAUUGAGUCUUGUCCCAGAACAGGCUGACCCCACGCCUACAUCCGAAUGGGUGAACACAAUGAAUACCUAUUUGCUAUUUUUGACAAUCGGAAUCGUGGAUCUGGCGCUCGCUUAUUUUGGAGGUGACGACAUUGUUCACUCUGGAGGAAUUUUCAUUACCGUUUGUGUCACUGUUUGUAUCUUCGGGCUUCUGUCCAUAUUGCUCUGCAUUAGUUUGGCUCGACAACCGGAAAACACAUCAAAAGUUUCAUUUCGCUCGUCUAUUUUCUUUUGCUUUCAGACGCCUGGUGUUCCAUGGGUACCAGCAGUCAGCAUUUUCGUCAACCUCCACUUGAUGUUCCAAAUGUCCGGUACCACGUGGAUCUACUAUUCUGUCUGGAUGUUGAUCGCUGACGCAGAACUCCGGAUGGUGAAUAUGGAACCUCCUAUGACCCUGGAGGUCUAUGACUGUAUAUUUUCUCUCGAGCACCACCGAGCAUCGGGUCAGGAUGACCUCCCAGCCUCAUUGUUCAAAGAUGGAGGUGCAUUCCUCAGUCAGCGCUUGUCCGAUAUCUUUGCUCGCAUUUGGGAAAAGGAAACUGUGUCAGACAACUUGGGACAGCGGUCACAGUGCCCAUUCGAAAAAAACCUCGUGUUGAGUGAGGUCACCACAGGGGUAUCAGUCAGACGCCGGUCGCAUCCACCUGAAAACUCAGCUCCAUGUAACGAUCGCCACAAAGAAGUUCCCGAGGUGGGCCCCACUGCGCCUCAACGAACGACCGUCGGAUACACCGAAGUGCAAUAGCACUCACCUAGCCUACGCAUAAUAAAUGUUCACUGCUAACUAUUGAUCGGUCAUUAUUCUAGAAGUUUAUAAAUGAUGAUAUUUUUCUGUUUGUUGUUAAGUAACCCAACGAUCAGGUGUAUUCAUUUUGUGUAUCAUCCAGAUUAUCUUGAUAUUGAUCAUUAUUAAUGUAUACAUUCAUUCAUUUUAU